GUGUCAAUUCAGUUCGAGUCGGAUCGUCGCGCAGAAUAGACGCACAUUGCCCAUCGUUCCGUACGAGUGUUCUUAAACUUCCCUCUAGAAUACAAACGACAAGAGCAGCGUUCUCCCAGAAACGUGAAGCAAGUUCUUUAAUUGCGGUGGACGUGUGUGUAAAGUGGAGCGAAGCAACGGACCACGGCGAGCAACGUCCCAUUUGCUGAUGCGAAGAGAAAAAGCGCAGCAGCAGAUACCAAGAAUCGACGAAUGGUGUGUGUGGUGGCAUAGCGAAGCGAAGAACAACAUGAAAAUUAUAACAACCUCUUACAGCUCCAACGGAGCCGUGUGAAAUGAACUGAAUAAUAAAGGCCGAACGGAGUCGGAAGAAAUAUUAAUGUCUCAAAUGAAGAGCAAUCGAAGAAAAAAGCAGUGAAUAUAUUCAAGAGAAAAAUGAAGUAACAGUGCAGCGAUAGUUUGGUGAAAUAUUUGAAAAUCGUGCUCUUUUUCCCCAUUGGCCAAGAUAUCUGUGUUUCGUCGUUACGGUUCCGUUUCCGAGUUUUGCAACGAGAAGAAAAAAAAAAUCGAUAACACAACAACCCUAGUCCGUUCAGUGACAGCAGCAACAUCAGAGCAAACGUGAAGCAGAAGAAAGAGAAGCAAAGUUCAAACAUGUUUAAUUUAUGAUAUUGAAGCAACGUAGUUUAGAGCGCGCAUUACGCGGUUAAUCGCAUUAACCAGCGUGAAGAUCCCGUAGGCAAAUAGUUGGUGUGGGGGUGUCCUUUCUGGACGGCGAGAAGAUGGAGUGCUCCAGGACUUUGGCAGUAGUGUUCGCACUGCUAAUGUCGUCAAUGGCAGCGUCGGGGUCACAGUGUAACUGGGAAUAUGAAAAAUCAAGUGUGACCUGUCGACUGCGGACGCUCGAGCGCACGGGAUUAGACCUGCAAGGUGCCGAAGGAACCACUCGGCUUGAUAUCAAGUGCAGUGAGCUGAUCCUGUUCGAAAGUCAAUUAUCGCCAAACGCAUUUCUGCGGUUGUCGAGCUUGAGUGAACUGAAAAUCGAAUCGUGCAAAUUGUUGCAUCUUCCAGAGGGUGCAUUCGAAGGAAUGCUGGCCCUGAAGAAACUUAGUGUGAAUACCAGAAACUAUGAGUGGGGUGCCGGUAAAGUGUUAGAACUGCAGCCCUCCUCUAUGAAAGGACUGAAAGAACUGCAAAAUUUGGACUUGAGUGAUAAUAACAUUCGUGCGCUUCCGGACGGUUUCUUGUGCCCGUUAACCAAUCUCAAAGUGCUUAAUUUAACGAACAAUCGAAUUCGGUCCACCGAAAGUUUAGGACUUGCGGGAAAAACUUGUAGUGGCGGAUCGGAGAUCCAAACGUUGAACCUUAGUUACAACGAGAUAAUGCGAAUUCCAGAAAAUUGGGGUGUGUCCCGAUUACGGCGCUUGCAACAUCUGAACUUGGAGUACAACAACAUCACCGAACUGCAUGGCGACGCACUUGCUGGGUUGAGUUCACUCCGAACGCUCAAUUUAAGCUACAAUCAUCUGGAAACACUACCGGCUGGUCUACUGGCCGGGUCUCGGGAACUACGUGAAAUUCACCUGCAAGGCAACCAGCUCUAUGAACUUCCACGGGGAAUAUUCCAUCGUCUUGAGCAGCUGCUGGUGUUGGAUUUAUCACGAAACCAACUCUCAUCACAUCACGUCGACAAUGGAACAUUCUCUGGAUUGAUACGCCUGGUGGAACUGCACCUUGCUCAUAAUGCACUUACUCGUAUCGAUUCCAAAACAUUCAAAGAGCUGUACUUCCUCCAGAACCUAGAUCUCCGCAACAACUCUAUCGGUUAUAUCGAGGACAAUGCCUUCCUUCCUCUGUACAACUUACACACGCUCCAUCUGUCUGAGAAUCGACUUCAUACUCUGGACGAUCGACUCUUCAAUGGGUUGUAUGUGCUUUCGAAGCUCACCCUUAAUAAUAAUUUAAUCAGCAUAGUGGAGCGCAAUGUGUUCAAGAACUGCUCCGAUUUAAAAGAUUUGGACCUAAGCUCCAACCAGCUCACCGAAGUGCCGCACGCCAUUCGCGACUUAUCCAUGUUGCGUUCGCUGGAUUUGGGUGAAAAUCAAAUUACCUAUAUUGAAAACGGAACGUUCGCCAACAUGAACCAGCUCACCGGGCUUCGUCUGAUUGAUAAUCAGAUUGAAAAUAUUACCAUUGGCAUGUUUACGGAUUUGCCCCGGCUUACUGUACUGAACCUGGCGAGAAAUCGUGUGCAGAACAUUGAGCGUGGUUCGUUCGAUAAAAAUCUAGACAUUGAAGCGAUACGAUUAGACGAAAAUUUUCUGACCGACAUAAACGGAAUUUUCGCAACACUUUCAUCGCUGCUGUGGUUGAACCUGGCGCAAAAUCACCUGGUGUGGUUUGACUAUGCAUUCAUCCCGAGCAAACUCAAGUGGUUAGAUAUCCACGGUAAUUACAUCGAGUCGUUGGGCAACUACUACAAGCUCCAGGAGGAAAUCAAAGUGAAAACUCUGGAUGCCAGCCAUAACCGACUGACCGAUAUAGGCCCGAUGAACGUGCCAAACAGUGUGGAACUUUUAUUUGUCAAUGAUAACCACAUUAGCACCAUCCACGCGAACACCUUUAUCGAUAAAAUUAAUUUGGCGCGCGUUGAUAUGUAUGCUAAUUCGUUGAAAAAGCUACAACUGCAUCAGUUACGAGUGGCGCCCCAGCCGGUCGAUAAACCACUGCCAGAGUUCUAUCUCGGGGGAAAUCCAUUUGAGUGUGAUUGCUCUAUGGAGUGGAUGCAGCGAGUAAACAAUUUGACAGCUAGACAGCACCCGAAAAUCCUCGACUUACCGAAUGUGGAAUGUAUCAUGCCCCAUGCCCGAGGCACACCGAUUAGGCCGAUCAUAUCCCUCAAACCGAAAGACUUUCUGUGUAAAUAUGAAACUCACUGUUUCGCCCUGUGCCAUUGCUGUGAUUUCGACGCAUGUGACUGUGAGAUGACCUGUCCGACCAAUUGUACGUGCUAUCAUGAUCAAACCUGGGGAACGAACGUGGUCGAUUGUGGCAACCAGCGAGCAACACUUUCCAAACCGGUUCCGAUGGACGCUACCGAAGUGUAUAUGGACGGUAAUGACUAUCCGGAGCUGCAAAACCAUGCCUUUAUCGGACGAAAAAAUCUGAAAGUGCUCUUUGCCAAUGCGAGCAAGAUUAUCACUAUUCAAAAUCGUACAUUCGCCGGGUUAACUGCGCUGCAGGUGCUCCAUCUGGAAGAUAACGCUAUCCAAAAGAUUGACGGUUAUGAGUUUGAAAAUCUCGGCCUUCUGAAGGAGCUCUAUCUGCAAAAUAACAUGAUUUCUGUGAUCGCCAACAACUCAUUCGCCCCGUUGUACUCACUGCAGGUGCUGCGUAUUGAUGGCAACCGGUUAACCACGAUUCCGAUGGCACAGCUCCAGGCCUCACAGCUGCAAAGCUUGCAGGCCCUUUCCCUAGGGCGUAAUAACUGGAGCUGCCGCUGUCGGUUCAUGCAAGAACUUACCUCAUUCGUGGCUGACAAUGCCGUCAUUAUCCAAGAUGUGCAGGACAUCUAUUGCUCGGGUAAUGGAGUUUUCCGUGGUCUGGACUUCAACGUGUCGGCUAGCUGUAGUGACUACUUUGCUGGAAGCUCGGUAUUGCCGGAUCGAUUAUCGGAGACGCAUAUAUUUUUCCUGGCCGCUGCACUAAUUAUCGCAUGUCUGUUGGUGUUCGUGUUGAUGAUGUUUAUUUUUCGUGAACCGUUGAGAUUCUGGCUGUUCUCACGGUACGGUGUACGAGUGUUUGGCCCACGGUGUGAAGAUUCUGAAAAGCUCUACGAUGCCAUAUUUAUCUAUUCGGCCAAAGAUGCCGAGUACGUAGCAAGGAAUAUUGCAGCUGAACUAGAAAAUGGCCGACCCCCUUUGAGAUUAUGCUUACAGCAUCGAGAUCUGUCAGAGGAUGCAACUCAUUUGCAGCUUUUGGAAGCGUCGCGUGCAUCCCGUAGAAUAGUGAUGCUCCUUUCGCGCAAUUUCUUGCAAACCGAAUGGAGUCGAUGUGAGCUGCGAAGAGCAAUUCAUGAUGCGCUUAGAGGAAGACCUCACAAACUAGUGGUUCUCGAAGAAGUUGGCGUGAUUCUGGAAGCGGAAAACGACGUCGAACUAGUUCCUUACCUUAAGACCACCACUGUAAAUAGAAUAAAACGAAGCGAUCGGCACUUUUGGGAGAAGCUUCGGUACGCUCUACCGGUGGAUGAGCCGUACCGAGGCAACAACUAUACCAUCGAUCAUCACGAGCGAGUGAAGCAAACUGCCAGUGCCGGCGUCAUGUUCCGGCAAGCACCGCCGGCUUAUUGUCCGGAAAUCGACGAAGCGAACUAUUCUUCGGCGACAACGGCCACACCUAGUCCGCGGCCAUCUCGCCGGGGAAUGGUGGAGCUUCCGCAGCGUCCACCCAGUGAACAUAUCUACUCUAGCAUCGAUUCCGACUACAGUACGCUAGAGUGCGAAAACAUGGUUCCUGGAGUGCACCGACCAUCGACGUGGCGAUCCGGAGGUGCCGGAGCAAACAACAUGGGCGUCAUGUCCGGCCAAAACACCGUUCCCCAUGGACAUCAUGUGCAGGCGUAUCUCGUCUAGGGGCGGCUGCAUUCGUCUCACACGAUGACGACGAGAGCUCGAAAAAGAAAUAGUCAAGUGAUGAAGUAGUGUUUGAGUGUAAAUAUACGUAGUUGUACCAUACUAGCGCUAUGAAGGAAAAGAAUUUAAAUGCUGCAGCUGGCAGUCAGAGAAUAACAAAGUGCUAAAUUAUGUAAAAAGUUGAAACUCGGAGUAUUAAUAAAAAAAAUGUGCGUUGUUAGACAAAAAGUGAGGAGCAACAAAGCAAGAGAAGACGAGAAGAAAAAUAUUUGUGAUAUCGUAAUUUAUAAGUUUUAAAUAAAGACGCAGAAAAAUGAAAACAGAUUACAUAGAGCUGGAUAGAAAUGCCGAAUACUAUGAACGGAAAAUGCUACAAAAAUACUAUUACCACUACUUACUACUAUCGCAGCAGCAGAUCCACAAGCAUUCAUACAUACAAACGCAGCAAACAAGAAAAUAACUAGCCAUAAUAGUUUCUACAAAACGAGAGGUAAUGACAGAAAAUUAUAUUACUAAAUAAAUUCAAAACGCCAACUUCCCAAAAAAUAUAUGUUUUUAAAAAACGCUCGAACUCGAAAUCAAAAAUACCCAACCGCCACCCUUUUGUUUCGAAAAACCCUAUUAAGUUUGUGUUUUUGUUCUGACCGAAAUGAAGUGCGUGUGAUAGUAUGUGUCCGUGUAGUUUACGUUCCAUUUCGAACGAUUAUUUAAAUUAUUUAUUGCUAUUUAACUGACAGACAAUUUUCAUUUUCCGUUUUGCGCGCAAAAAAUCGAAACGUAAUAGAAGCGUAAAUUGUUGGUUCUAGCGUUAAGGGCUUUUUGCUAAAAGGUACAGCGCGGUAGGAACGAAACUAAAAAAGGGACUGAUAUGAGCGAAUAUUAGUGUUAAUAUUGAAUGAGCAAACAAACGCGCCGAUGUAGUUGAAAAGGGAAAAAUGAUUUUUCUCCUGUGUAAAUAUUGAAGCCUGUAAAUCCGAUAGAGGGAUGGCAAACACACAACUAUGUAAAAAGUAUUAUCGUUAAGGCAGAGCUAGGAAGGCGAAGAAAACAGUUAGAAAAGCUAAAGCAAAAAUGUAUCAUGAAGAAAAGAACAACUGAAGCGGAAUAUUAGUAAGAAAUAAUAAAACAGAGCAAAUUGUGUGACCAGACUGACUAAUUACAAUGUUACACUUUACCUGUGUAUAGAACCGCAAAACAGAUUAUUGAAUGACAAAACACAACACAUGAAAUUAUAAAGCUUCUUUUCUGUGAGUCAAAAGCAAGAGCUACACAAAAAUCUAUAUUGAAAAUCGA